AUGGCUCCUAGCACUCCGGUCAACAUCAUCCUCGGGACUCACACUGUCGGCGACAAGCAAGUGCCUGGAACUCAAGGCAUCGUCCACUUCUCCGAGGACAAGGACGUCAAGGAGUUACUAGAUACCUUCUACGAACGUGGCUACCGCCAGCUUGAUACGGCGAGUCUAUACCCAGGAUCCGAAGUAUCUCUUGGUCGCGCCGGCGCUCCUUCCCGCUUCACCAUCCACACGAAAGUCCACAGCGGCCCACCAGGUGCUCAUGAACCCGCCAAGCUCAAGCAGAGUGUCGAGAAGUCCUUACUUGAGCUGAAGACUGACAGCGUGGAGACGAUGUUCCUGCACGUACCGGAUCGCCAAACUCCAUUCGAGGACGUGGCGAAGACGAUGGAUGAACUCGCCAAGACCGGGGCGUUCAAAAGGGUUGGGCUGUCCAAUUAUGCGCCUGAUGAGGUCAAAAGGUUCCUCGAAAUCUGUGAGCAACACGGCUAUACCAAGCCUAGUGUGUAUCAAGGUCACUACAAUGCCCUGGUCCGAGGUGGCGAGGAAGCACUCUUCCCACUGCUGCGUCAGCAUAACAUGAGCUUCUUCGCUUAUAGUGCCGCCGCAGCAGGGAUCUUUGCAGAAGCCAACCCAGACUCCUCGCGCUGGAAGGACGAUAACCAAAUCGGCCAAAUAUACAGCAUGAUCUACAGUCAGCCAGCCGUCCAAGCCGCCGUAGCCAAGGUCCGAGAAGAUGCUCUCAAGCAUAAUAUCGGUGGUCACGCCGCUGCCCUGAGAUGGACGGCGUAUCACAGCAUCCUUGAUGGUCGCUACGGCGAUGCGAUCAUCUUCGCCGUCUCGAAGCUGUCUCAAUUGCAUAGUAGCUUGGAUGCUAUAGAGGCGGGGCCUUUGCCUGACGAGCUAGCCGGCGACAUGAGUGCCGUUUUUGCUACUAUGGGGGAAACGGCGCCACCGUUCCAUUUGUGA